AUGGGCCGCAGCGGCUACGAGACGAGCAACAUGGGCCCCCACGGCACCGUCCCGGACCCGGACCCGAGCUCGUGGUCGUACGCGGGCCUCCCGCCGCCCAACCGCAAGGAGCAGACGGCGCUGCGCAAGGCCUCGGCCGCCGCCGCCGCCGCCGCCGCCGCGUCGUCCCCCAUCAGCACAGGUGGCUACGACGGCAACAGUCCCCAGCCGUCGUCGGGAUCGCCGCGUGCUGCUGCUGGCAAGUGUAAGUUUUUUGUGGUGGACAGGACCUAG